AUGCCCCCGUCGUCGGGAAGACCUACCCACCGGCGUGCGUCGAUGGGGACCGUGCGCAGAGAGGCCCUUAAGUCUCUUUUUGCGCGAGCUGAGCGUCACAAUGUCGGCAUAUCCCGUGCCGUCCGUGCGGACCUCGAGCUGCAGGCCAAAUCCCUGUUCGACUAUGCCACCAACUCGCCGGAGGCAACCCAGUUUGCUGCCCAUCUCAAAUCUAUCGCUGUUCGUCUUCUCCGUCAGAGACGGUAUCGAGAAGCCAACGCCAGGUUCGGCCUCGCCUCACGCUUCAACCCUGGAGAUCCCACUUUGAUCUCCAACCGCGCUACAUGCAUGUACAAUCUUGCUAAAUACCCGAAGUGCAUUGACAUGUGCCUCGACUGUCUCAAUGCCUUUCCCAAGCUGGGAAUGGAAAAUCCUAAGUUGUACUGCAAGAUAUUGAUCCGCAUGGGCCGUGCCAAUAUCGAGCUCGACAACUUUGAGGAGGCUAGUUCUGCUCGAGACGUCCUAACCUCGAUGCGCAAAUCCUUGGCUGACAAUUUCGGAAGCGAAAUCCCCCAAGAGGAGUUCAGCGCCCUCAUCGAUCCAUUUGAGAGGCAUCUGAAUGCCAAACUGAGCUGCUCCACGAAAGCUCGCAAGGCUGGCUCAUCCUCGUCGGGAGGCGUGUCCACGAUGAAGGAUGAUAAGGAUGAGUACGGAGGGGAUGGAGAGAGUAGCGACGAAGACUCAGGGGGAGGGGAUAGUGAGAGGAGCGACGACGACUCAGAGGGAGAGGAUGGCAACCUGGACGGCUUUGUGAAGAUCGAGGACCUAUGCCCUCAUCUCCAUCGUCAUGGUAACGGUCCAUGCGACCAUCAGUUCAGCGAUCGCCCCACUGUUUCGUCUGUGAGCCCCUUUGAGGGUGAUGGCGGUCAGUACAGUGAGCCAGAUUUAGCGAACUCCCACUCUUCGGGAGACGGUAGCAUUUCAUCUCUCGCUUCAAGCGAGCGAGACGAAAAUGUUGCGACUACAGAUAGUAACAUGCCAGAUCUGGUUUCCGAGGAAGAUGGCGGCUCGGAUUCUGAAGGCAGCGACGGCGAUUUCGACGGUCCGGUUCCUUUCGAUUCUUCUGUCAAAUCGUCACGUAAUCUUCAAACUGCAGACGGUAGACCUCAGCGAACAAGGAAGUCUCUGAAGCCCGCGCAAGGAUCUGCCAAAAAGCGACAGUUUCCGGCACAUCCGAAAGCUACGGUUGAAGUUAGCAGCGAACUGAGCUCGAAACAGGGCGUGGGGCGAGCCAACGGUGCUGCUAUUGCUUCAGCCACAGCUUCGAUGCUUUCGCCUACCAACUUUCAGCCUUGGUUCGUGAAACCAAGGACUAGAACACCGCCGCCCGCAGACUGUCUGAAGUCUCCGUUUUCACCAUCUGUGAUUGCAGCUCAUGCAAAGUUGCCCUUUAAAGUGCCGACCUUACCGCCUGAGGUAGCUGCGAGGGAACUUCGUGGCAAGGUCAGUGAUGAAUGCUAUGAAUCGGAUGAUGAGCGCGGCCCUCGUAGCGCCGGCUUGCUGCCCGAACGACGAGAUGAACAUCGCUCUAUUUUAAAUCAAGAGAGCAAUGCGAAGGGAAACGGAAGCAAUCACUCCAUGAUUCUACGGGCUAUGCUCAAAGAAGUCAUGGGAAAGACUUUUAGAACGAAUCGCUCAGUCGACUUCACGCGGAUAUUUGGGAACCACGUCGCGGCGGCAAGUAGUAGCAAGCGGAAGAAAAAGAUCUGCGACAAGCGUUGCGCCAGCUGUUUUGCACGAAAGAUGUGGAAUUUAAGGUUUGUAUCAACUGAUUUGGACGUGGCUAAAGGUGCACUAAACGAUAUAGAAACAGACUCUCGAAGGGAAAGGAGAACGUUUCUGGCCCGUGAUCUGUGGCAGGGAACCGGAUACUAUGCGAGUGGAUAUGAAAUGGCUUUUGACGUUCCAGCUCUUGUCCAUGGUGUGGUAUACUUGUGCCAUCUGCAAAGCGAGGUUUACUGGCGAGGCGACAAGGUUGCCUUUGCGAGGGACAUACAAUACAAUUUUAUAUCAUCUCUGGAACGAAUUUAUCGUUCUUUUCCGAACAUAGAUUUCCUUUUUAUGCUCUUUAUCAUGAUCCGAGAUACACUCAACCUAUUCGGAUUAUUUCCAGACCCUUUCCACCAUGGCGACAAGGGAAGAUCAUUCCAGUUCUCAAAGAGUGCUUCCGUCGUUGCGCAGAAGUCAUUGUCGCUGAAGCCAGGAGAGUCAGAGAAUGAUUUGGACAUUUGCGAUACCCUACUAGCGAGCCGUACGGAAGAUGUGAACAGGAAUCUUUUUAAUUGGUCUCGUCUUGGACAUGUAACAAAGGAAGAAGAAUGGAUUUAUCAUAUAUUACUGAGAGAUAUAUCUCAUCUAAUGACAAGGCUGAUGAAGCCCGCUCUGAACCCGCCCAUGUACCUUGAGCAAGGUGAGUCGUUCUCGGAUGCUUUUGAGAGGGCCUGCGGAGAGCGCUCUGGGAAUGAAAAAUACUGGCGCUGUCGUAUCGUAACAAUAGUGGACCGGACGCGUCAUCGCAUGAUCGAGAGAACGGCGCAUGAUAUAAGUCAUGCUGGGAACAUAGCGAAAGGUACUCACUUGAUUUCGCACGCAAUCACUGGUAGACCACGUCAGCCACGCCUGUUUCUGAAACGGGCACAGGUUCGUUCGGAGCAGGCGAUGUGGAAGGAGAGUUUGAGCGAUAUCGACAAAGGCCUCGCCCUUUGCGAACGAGGUAACAUAUUUGUUUCGGAGGAGUGGCGUUGCAACCCACCGGAAGUCUGCUGUAAGAUAGAGUUGUUGACAGCGCAAUGUGAUAUUUUUCUUCAACAAGCCAUCAGGAAGACAAACAGAGGCGCAGACUACACGGAGUUUCUAAAAAAGGCUGUUGUGUCUCUUCAGGAAGCCAUGGCAUGCAAGCCGGUGGACAAGAAGAAAGUUAGGUUCCUAGAAGAGAGACUCGAUGCCGUGACAUUCGUUAUCCGAGAGACAACCGACCUGGCUCCAUCUCUUCUUCUACCGCCGACUCUCUUUGGGAGUAAUGAGGCCGGGCCGUCAGGGAACACAACAAAUAUAGAGGGAGCAAAGCACACUGAAGUCGUAAGCCCUGAAGAAGAAUUGCUCGUGGGUUCCGGGAACUCGAUAAACACGAAUAGGCGAAAAUCCAGUGCUCGCCGGAAGAAACGCAAAACAAAGAGUGCCCAGAAGAGGGCUACACCUGAACCCCCUCCCACUCCUGCUAACCCUGAGAACGUGUCGUCCUCGUCUGAUGAAGAUGGGGGACCUGCUUUGGCUGGCAAUCCGUACGCGGCGCUUCUUGGCGAGGAGCACAUACCAGCAUCAGUGGAGCCUAAAGCUCCGACAUCAGCUCCGACUGCUAGAUCGCUUCUGCAACGAGAAGGAGGACACAAUUCAUCUCGGCAGGGGGGUCAGAGGCCCUCUCCAUCGUCUGCAUACACGAGGGUGAAGCAAACAUCUGGGGGAGGUUCUUCGUCCACGCCCGAAUCGAGCUCUCGUUUAGAUUGUGUUCUCUGUGGGCUUAGAUUUCACAGCCAGAGUGAAUCUGAUAGUCACAUGAGAGGCCGUCGGCACCGGACUGCAGUUGCCCACUCUCGGGCCGCAGGACAAACAGCUGCGGAAUGGAGAAGCAGAGUGACGACGCGAUCGCCGCCUUCACCACGAGUCCCUGUCCUGCAAGCACGAGUCCCUGUCCUGCAAGCACGACAGCCUGCGACUGACACUGAACGCCGCCAUACCAAUCGGCAAGUUACUGGUCCAACGCGGGAAGAAGCUCUCGGAGAGGUCGAACGUGCAGUGGCGUUACUAGGCGGCGAAGCGAGGCCGUGUGAUAUCAUUUCGCGGCUCAGAUUUUCCGACUGGAACAUCCCUGAUGCGACCACUUACUUAGACAGAAACUUCGGGGGCCUUCUCCGUUUGUGUCUACAGGGUACAAAUAUGUUUGAAAUUCGCGCUGGGACGGAGUCCAGACCAGUCCUUGCGUGGAUUGAUCCCAGUGAACGCAGAUCGGAUAGAUUGGAGGUGAAUUCGAACGCUGAUUCGGCAUCAAGGUUGAGAGGCACAUCUCGAGAAAUAGCGCGCGGGUCAUCAGUUGGAAGGAAAAGCACGCAGGCAAGCUCGGAAUCGUCAGAUCUAACGAACAUGCUCCGGGAUCAGUUGCGUGUAUCUAAUAGAAAGCAGAGAAAAGGAGAAGCGUAUGGUGAAGGCGAAGCGCGAUCUGGAGAAGGUGCGGAAGCAGACGGUGGACUGGGAGAGUGUGGGAUUUGCCUUGACAAUGUGCCGGACAUCCGGCUCAUUCCGUGUGGGCAUCAAUGGUGCACGCCGUGUAUUGCGGAAAAUAUAAUCAACAGGCGCCGGGAAGAGUGCCCAGUUUGUAAGCAGGUUGUACAACGAACUGAGCUGCUUGGUGAAGUAGACUAG